AUGGAGACUAAGGUUGAUGAAGAAGCUGGGAUCAAUGGUGCUGGUCGAACGAUCAAAGAAGAGAAAGCAAUAGGUCAGACUUUUAAGACCACAGCUCAUCUAGCUAACCUUUUACCUACAGGGACAGUUCUCGCGUACCAGAUCUUGUCGCCAAUUUUCACAAAUGUUGGACACUGCGAUUCAGUUAGCAGAUUCAUGACUGCGUCGCUAGUUUCCAUCUGUGGAUUCUCUUGUUUCAUACUUAGCUUCACAGAUUCUUACAAGGACUUGAAUGGAAAUGUCUGCUACGGAUUUGCUACAAUCAAUGGCUUCUGGAUAAUCGAUGGCUCGGCUGUUCUUCCUCAAGAACGUUCCAAAAGCUAUAGAUUACGGUUCAUAGACUUUGCCCAUGCCAUUAUGUCGUUUCUGGUGUUUGGAGCCGUGGUUAUGUUUGAUCCGAAUAUGGUCAACUGUUUCUUUCACGAAGCAUCAGAUGAAGUAGAAGUGCUUCUCACAGCUUUGCCUGUAGCCGUAGGAGUCUUUUGCAGUAUGUUGUUUGCUACAUUUCCGACUACACGCCAUGGUAUCGGUUUUCCACUCUCUGCUAAAUGA